AUGGGGGUAAAGGGCAAGGCUGCUGUGGCCACCGUGGUUCUACUGCUCUUCCUCGGCUCCAUGUGGCUCCUUGAGUAACAUAUCUGUCUCAAGCCGACACUGAGGGGAGGCUGUGUGUGUGGCUGAGCACGUGUCCGGUAUAGUAAACAUUCCAUGAGUUAGCCAGCCUAUGUAAUGUAGCUUUAUUGAUUUACACAUGCCUCACUUGUUUGGAAUGUAUAGAAUAAUAUCACAUUGUGCCUGCUGACCUAGGAAUCUCUAGACAUUUUUAUUUCCUCUUGUGGUGGUUAGGUUGCUGGUUAGGCUGGGUCCACACCACCACAUCCUGCUACUCUACACAAUAAUCAGGGCAAGCUUUGCCUCUUUUCUAACUUCAUCCAGCACCGUAACCUUAGUUGCAGUGAGGAAAACAUACACUUAACAAAGAUAUUAGAAUAGAGAAGGAGAUAGGAGUGAAGCACAAAUAAACAUUCAAUUUACAAGCAGUUAACUGCUGUUCAUGCUGCAAGGAUGUGUACUGUCAAUUGAAAAUGUGUCAUACACAAGUUUGCAAUAAUCCAUUUGAUCUUGAAUCUUAUUUAGAUCAAAAGGGUGGCCGGCCUAUUGUCAUGCGUCUCCCAUUAUCACAGAUGUCAGUCUCAUGAUAUGAGACGGAAUGUAUGAGUGAUCUAAUAAGCCUUUAUUACCCCCAUCAAGUACACAUUGUCACUGAGGUCAUGACAGUGUAUGAUAGCUUGGUAGAAUGGUCAGAAAGAAGGACAUAGUCUUAUAAUGUUAUAAUUAUAAAUCAUGUCUGUCUAACAGGUUUCCUCACUAUUCUGAAGGAUUAGGUGUUUUGGUUGCACUUUAUUUUACAGUUCAGAAAUGAACAGGUAUUAAUUUAGAAAUGACAUUAUUAAUUGUAAUUACCGUGUGCUAAUUAUAUUGUGACAUUCGGGCAGGCUACUAUUUUUUUCACUGGAUUGCCUAUUUGUGCAUGCGCUUGUCUGUGCAUAAAACAUUUUUAUGGGCCUAAUAGUAAAGACGUAUUUUAACUGUAAAAAUGUAGUACCUUUAUCGGCUGUCCCCAUAGGAGAACCCUUACUACUUGGAACCAAAAGGGUUCUACCUGCAACGGUUAUUCAAAGGGUUCUCCUAUGGGGACAGCUAAAGAACCUUUUAAGGUUCUAGAUAUCACCUUUUUUUCUAAGAGUGUAUGCAAUCAUUAGAUAUCGGAAUGUUGUUAUUUGGUUGGGUUGUCAACUAAACACAGUUCAAUAUUACUUUUGUAAUAUAGUAAAUAGGCUAAAGUUAAGGCUAUCUUACAAAGUAAUGUAACAGUAUUUAUUUAACCUUGCAACGCCAGGGUUGUGAGUUCGAUUCCCACGGGGGCCAGUAUGAAAAAUUUAUGCACUCACUAACUGUAAGUCGCUCUGGAUAAGAGCGUCUGCUAAAUGACUAAAAUGUAAAAUGUAAAUGUAACACAUCCAUGGCCUCAUUUUGAGUUAGUCUACAGUAACGAUAAAUGUAUUCUAAUGUAAUCAUAGACAGUGUGCAUGUUCAAGAUAGCAUGCAAAGGUCACAGGUCUGUGGAGAUCUUCAUAAUUGCUGUGAUAAUAUGCACAGAAUCUUGAACAGCAUUGAUCACUUGCACUAUGUACUUUUAAUGUAAUCUCAACUACAAUCCAGGUCAUUUGGUUGCGCUAUUAGAUUAAGCACAGUGAUAACACAGUAGCCCUUUCCUGCAGUCAAAUGACCUAAUGGCCUCAUGGGUGGAAUGUUAUUAAUUUUUUUCGUAAUUCCAUAAUUAAUAAACAUAAUUAUUUUUUAAAUGCAGAAGAUCCGGUGUUUCUAUGUCAAACGGUUUUGUUAUAUUUCAGUCUUCUGUGAUGUAUAUAAAGUGUAAUAUUGGGAUGCAAACUCAAAAUGUUAUACAUUUCAACUCUAUACCUGACAUGGUACAGAUGUCUUCUUUUUUUUAAGCCCAUAAUCAUGUGUGAGGUGUAUACUUUUGUUUCAAAGUAGAUUUGUUUAAGACUACCAAUAAACACUCUGUGUGACCCUGAUUUAGCCCACUGCAGUAAAAUAUUGUAUUCCCAUUUGAACUUUGUUGUGCUUUUAAAUGGUUAAAAGCGCAGUGAUAACACAUUUAGAUGACAACUAAACCAAAAAUCAGACAUUGUUUUUCCAUUGGAAUUUGGUUGUGCUAUUAGAUGGGUGAAAGCAUAGUGAUAACACAUCAGAAAUUCAACAUACUUCUGGCUGUCUUUUUGAGUUGGUGAAUAAAGUUUGAAAUGUCAUUGAUCAACAUCUCAACCAAAUAUUACCCUAAUUUCAACGUUGAAAUUACGUGGUGUGCCCAGUGGUGAGUAAAAACAUUGUAGCUUACUCUUAGAAGUCUUCUUUCUCUUUACAGAUGGACAUUUGGAUUACCAAUGGGAUUAUUGUCUUACAUUUUACAAUUAGAUAAACAGGGUAAAUCAACGAGAGACAGAGAAGUAUGGUGAAAUACAAUUAAAACAAUUCUAAACUUAUUUGUACAGCUGGAUUUUAUAUGAAUGGAUUCAAUAGGGAUAACCAAAUGUACUCAAAUUAAUCUAUUGGUCUCUUUUUUCUCUCUUUCCCCCUCCCUCUCCAUCACCCGUCAGGCAGGACACACACACACACACACACACACACACCAGAUCCCAGCCUGGCUGAGUAAAAGGGACAUUCACAUCCACUUGGAUGAACCAGGGUGAAUGAACUCAAAUGGAUGGGGGCUGUGGGAGUGGUGGAUUAUUUGGGCUCUGUGUGGUUGUUGUUUGGUUCUCUCCUCUUCCUAUUCCUCCCUCUGUGACAGGUUCAUGGAGACUCUUGGUCUGAUGGUUGGACUAAUAUCUCAGGAGAUUGAAACCAAAACCUCCAUCAUCCGCGACCUGGCCCUGCGGGAGGCAACUAGCAGCCGGGGCCUGGUGGACUUCCAGCAGAUGACAGACUCCGGGUCUCGUACUCUGCUCCGGCUGCACCGGGCCCUGCUGUGGCUGCAGGGCUUCCUGGAGAAGCUGGCGGAGGGGCCUGUGGGCAGCUAGCUGCGGAGCACCUCUGAGCUCUGCCUUGAAGCCUAUCAGCACACCAUGGCCCACCACCACUCCUGGUUCGUACCCAGGGCAGCAGAAAUAGCCUUCAUCUCCAUGCCUGAGCGGGGUGUGUGUGAUGAACCAGGAGAUGGCCAGGAUGGUGCUGAACAGGGUGGUCCGGGCCAUCGGAGAGGUGUAUGACAGAACUCAGAGGGCCCGGGAGGAGCAUGGCAUGCUGGACCUGCCGUAG